GCCUCGGCGCUAUCAUCCCGGUCCUUAUCUUGCUUCCGCACCUCAGCAUGCUCUACGUCAUCGCAGGCGCGCUGGAGAUAUCGGAGCUUCCUGGGAGGGCCUGCCUAAGCUGCCGCCAGUGGUGGCGGCACUCUGGUCUGCGGUGGUUGUUCCCAGCGGAGAGGUGCUGCGACGCGGGGGCACGCAUGUGGUUCGGCCUGUUUGACAGGCCGCUGCUCGGUUACGUGAUCUGUGUCACCGCCAUCAGCCUGAGCGAGCUCUGCGCGUGCGUUGCGGCCCUGCACGAGCCCUCCCUGAGCGAGUGCACUCUGCCCGGCAGAGCAACCCUCCCGCUCGAGAUGAGCGCGUGGCUUCGCUGGCAGGCUGGCAUUUCCCUUGUCAAUGCGCUCUUCCCGGCAUGGUUCCAGAGGAGGGUUUGGAAAAGGCUUGUGGAGGUGCUCGAAUUGCAGGAGGACGCCGACGGCAGAGCCGGCCCCGUCCCGAAGCGGAAGGUCCAGGACUGUGUCCGCCACACCAUCGCCAGCGACCGGUUUGUGCAGCUGUACGGCGCGUUCUUGGCCCUGUCCUUCUGCGUGAGCCUCUUGUGCGCCAGGAGGGUGAGGCAGGGCGCGAUGCAGGGCCUCGCGUGCGACCCGGACGGGAACAGCAUUUGGGCUUGUUUUUGCGGCAUGUACGCCGUGUGCUUCUCAUUGUUCUUCCUGGUCACGGCGGCCCGCCGAGGCUGCGGCGUGUGCGGCGACGAGAGCGGCGAGUGGGGCUUCUGCGCCCAGCACAAAGAAAUUUAUGUCAGAGAUGUCUGCGGCAAAUCACCACCUGGAGUCAGAAUAGUUCUCGCAACGGCUCGUUGCACCGCCAUGCCUAGAAGCAAUGGCAGUAAUUGUACUGCUUGCGGUCCCAUCCUGCCGUAGACUUUUGCACUUAGUGAUUGUAUAGAUUCCAACCCACUAUCGCGCACUUCGUGGUAGAUGCUGUUGUUCGCAAUUUCAGCCUGUUCCAACAGCCGCCCUCCGUAGUUGCUUGUCCCUGAUCUGGGGGCCUCAUUCCCUGAAAUCGGAGAAAGAACUGUUGCAUCGCAG